AUGGCACCGGGGGCCGACGAAGCACUGUACGAGAUCCACCGGCACGCGUCGGGAUCCCACGUGAUCCCUCAUCAAGAAGAAUACCAAGGUGCUGCGACAAGUAGUGGUAGCUCAGAUGCUGGAGGAGGCGGCGUCCUCUCCUAUCUCUCCUUGCAAGGUGUGAGCAAACUUAAGGAAAGGUGGGCUAGGUACAGUGUGCUGGGGAAGAGUAGGCAGAGGAAGAGGGGCGAUGGCGUGGCACUGUUUGUCUCACCAAACGCGGAAUAUGUGUCUGUAACUGUUGGGAAUCGCAUCAUCAUCUUGAGGAAAGGCGAUGGCUAUGCAUCACCUUGCGGUGUUUACACAAGUAAUGACAGAAUAACAUUUUUCACAAAUGGGGCUUGGCUGGAGGCUCAAGGCAUUUUUGGUGUGGUGGAUGACCUAAGCACACUUUACUUGAUCAAAGAAAAUGGGGAGUUAUUAGCAAGGAGGACAUGCGAUCAGUUGAAGCUAUCUUCUUCCAUUAUUGAUCUGGUUUUGCAGGAUGCUUCAAACUUGCUUAGGCCAGGUUUCUACAUUUUUACAAGUGACUGCUUGGUUCAUAGAUUUGAUUACACUGAAGAACCUGAGUCCAGUUUAUGCGAAGUUCCCAUAUCAACUAAAGAUGUGAUGUCAGCUAAGACUGUCCAGUUACCUCGAAGUUUAUCGUGCAUCGAUUACCAUCAAUGUCACUCACUAUUUGUCCUAGUUGGAGAUUCCAAUGUUUCAUUUAGCUCCAGUAGUUAUUCUGAAUGUGUAAACAAAGUUGGGCCUACAGAAGCAGCUUUAAGGGCUCUACUUUCUUUUGGACUUUGUAUAACUGACCGUUACAAAUUUUCUGAGUUGGAUAACAGCAGUAAAGGUCCAACAUGGGACAGUCACAUCAUUAGGCUUCGUUUAUUGCGGCACAGAGACAUGUUAGAGACAUUCUUGGGAAUUAAUAUGGGAAGGUACGCAGCAGGAGAAUAUAGCAAAUUCCGUUCAAUGCCAUUGGUGGAAACAGCCAUAGCAUUAGCCGAAAGUGGCAAAAUUGGGGCUUUCAAUCUUAUAUUCAAGCGUCAUCCAUAUACUAUCUCUUCAGAUAUUUUACGUGUUUUGUCUGCUAUCCCAGAAACUCUUGCUGUUCAGACUUAUAGUCAGUUGCUACCAGGGAAAUCCCCUCCCAGUGUUGUCAUAUUGAGAGAUGGUGAUUGGGUUGAAUGUGAACAGAUGGCUUCAUAUAUAAACAAUUGCCCUGCCAAGUUGGACAAGAUUGGAGAGAUCAAAACGGAAAUACUUGUAAAGCACUCAAAAGGCUUUUCAUGGCCUUCAGUUGCUGAACUUGUGUGUGCUGUCAUUGAAAAUGGUUGUGGGGAGUCACCAAUAUAUGGGCUCUUCAAGGAUCUUGCUGAGAUGAUAGAAACAGCUGUUCACUGCAUUUAUAUGUGCAGUGCAACUAACCAGUGGAAUACCAUGUCAUCAAUAUUAUCAAAGUUACUCUAUAAAACAAAGAGAGAGAAAUCUUUAGUGGCUAGUGAAGAAGACUGCAAUCUGAAAGAUGCUAAGCAUGCUCUUGGUUCUCCUGUGGUUUCUUAUGAGGAGAUGCAAUGUGUCUGUGCUGAUAUCUUAUCUGGUCUGGGCAAUGCUUCAGAAGAUUUUUAUCACUAUGAUUCAGUACCUUACGAACCUAAUAAUGUCAAAUAUCUUGAUAUAUUGGAGAAGAGGCUAAAAGUUGCUGAAGGCCAUGUAGAAGUAGGACGGCUCUUUACUUAUUAUCAGGUCCCAAAACCAAUGCAUUUCUUCCUUAGUGCUCACUUAGACGAGAAGAAUGUAAAGCAAAUUAUACGGCUGCUUCUAUCGAAAUUUGGCAGACGCCAACCUGAAUAUAUGCUGGCAGAAUUUAUCAGAGGGCUUUUGAAAGCUGGUAAAUUUUCGCUAGCCAGGAAUUAUCUUGGAGGAACCAGUGCUGUUUCUUUAUCCACAGAGAAGGCUGAAAAUCUUGUGAUACAAGCUGCAAGGGAGUAUUUCUUCUCGGCUUCAACUUUGUCUGGGAAUGAAAUUUGGAAGGCCAGGGAAUGCCUAAAUCUGUUACCUAAUAGCAAAAAUGUUCAAGCAGAAACUGAUAUAAUUGAUGCCCUUACUGUUAGACUUCCUUAUCUAGGGGUGACUAUCCUUCCUGUUCAGUUCAGGCAGGUAAAGGAUCCUAUGGAGAUCAUCUGCAUGGUGAUAACAAGUCAAACAGGUGCAUACCUUCAUUUUGAAGAGAUUAUUGAUGUCGCUAAACUUCUGGGAUUAAGAAGUGAAGAGGAAGUAGCGGAUGUGGAGGAGGCUAUUGCUAGAGAAGCUGUGGUAAAUGGUGAUGUUCAACUUGCCCUUGAUAUCUGUUUAAAUUUAACAAAAAAGAGUCAUGGUGCAGUGUGGGAUUUAUGUGCUGCAAUUGCUAGAGGCCCUCCACUUGACAAUUUGGAUACUGAUGUCUAUCCGGAGAUAGAUGGGUAUAAUAAAGAACGCCUUUCUUACAUUUAUGGCAUUCUUUCAGCAUGCCAUUCAUAUCUGAAGAGGACAAAUGAGAUAGAAUUGAGAUACCCAGAGCAUGUGCAUACCCAUAAGCUUGAACCAUUUCAGUAUUAUAAGGUACUUGAGGAAGAGUGCAAGAAAGUCUGCUUCAUUGAUGGCUUGAACUAUAAAAACAUUGCUGGACUGGAUAAUCUGAACUUUGAGCAUUUCAAUGAAGAAGUAUGCAAGAAUAUCCAUGCCUCUACCGUCACUACUCUAGCUGAUAUGGUACAAUCUCUUGUGAGUAUGUAUGUUGAUGUACUGGCCAAGGGACUCAUAUCACAACAAGGUGUUUACAAGCACUAUGUUUUGGGGUUGCUGGCAUCAUUAGAAGGCCGCAGUGAAGCACAAUCGAACUGCACAGAUUAUGAAAAGUUGCAGGCUGCCCUAUGCGAAGUUGAGUUGAACUAUGAUAGUUGCAGGGAGUACAUCCAAGCUCUUCCAACCACAGAUAUUUCAUAUAUUGUAGGAAGGUAUUGCACCCUCUGCUUUCCAUCUAACUUAGCACGAAGCCAUCCACAGGAACCUUCGUGGAGGAAACCUCUUGCAACACUACUAGCAUUUUGGUCUAAACUUGUUGAUGACGUACCGGGGGAUUCAAUUGAUGCUUGCUCAUAUGAAAGAACAGACUACUUAAAUUCAAAUAGGUUAUCUCUGUGCAUAGGGAGCUUUCAGGCAGCUAUUGAUAAAUGA